AUGAAGGACAGAAGCUUGGUCGCUGAUAUCACCAGUGGAUUCAUUUUUCCCUUUUUCUUCUCUUACACAUAUAUAAUGCCAAGAGAAAAAUCUACAAAAUCCACAAAACCAAAAAGAGAAUGCAGAUAUCUAGUAUAUUUCUUGGGACACAUGCAGAUGGAAAAAUUAAGAUGGGAUCGUUUACGUCAGCUUAGCUGUUCCCACAGCCCUAUUGAAAUGGAACCACAUGGUCCAGAAACUACCUCCACUGACCUGCCCCAGAUGAGCAGCAUGGAAGAACAAGAUAACCCUUCGUUCACAGAGGAUGAGGUGUUUGGGAAUGACCACUCUCCACGGCCAGCGGCCAACACAAAUGGCAUCAGGCCAGAUGUGAUGAUUGAAGUAAGCAACAGUUCACCAGCCAUGGAUCCUUAUAGGAACCAAAGCUCCAGCACUCUUGCCGACAUUGAUGUCGAUACACCAGGUAAUUCUAUUUUCAUUAUUACUUGUUCUACUACUAUUGUUGGGCUUUAA